GUCCGCGAUGGGCUUUCGGAUAGCCAGUGGCUCUCCGGCCGCGUUGUGGCGGUAAACCCGGUCCAGGUGCGCCUAAAGGGUGGGCGCGUGGCCUUCACUUGGCGAGAGAUCGUUGCCGAUUGCCAAAGCAGAUCUCCAUCACCCUCACCGACAUCCCCAAGAGAGCCUGGCUCUCCGUGCCUCCAUCCUGCCGGUUUGCAGGCUCGCCGCCGUGCACGAACUCUCUCACGCCGGCGCCGGCGUCGAGAGAAGGAGAUGAAGGAGAAAGAGCUGGAGAUGCAGCAGGCUGUUCUGACUAUGCUUCAGCGUGCCAAAGAUGACCCAAGGAUUCCCCAAGCAGCGGAGCAGGCAAAGCAGACGAAGGCGAGAGCGCUCCGGGAUGCCCUAGACGAGGUCUGCCGAGAGAUGGAGGAGUACGCUGAAGAGAUGAAGCAGCAAGCAGAGGCUGCAAGAAAGGAGAAGCCCCAGGCCAAAGAUGCCAAAGCAUCUCAAAGCAAAGACGCGAGGAAAAACAAGAAGAAACCGGUCCAAGAAGCGACCAAGGAGCCUCUGGAUGGAGAGAUGAACGACGCAGAUGUAGAAGUCGGAGAGGCCGAAGAACAUGGCGAGGACGACUGGAACCCUCUCAAGGCACUGAUCCGCCGGAAACCCGCAAGGCGCCCCGCGGAAUUCAAAGAGGCAUCGUGGGCAAAAGUCGAGCGUCUCGCGAAAGGAUUGAAAGGCCGUGGUGUGAAGUUGCGGGACCUGAGACUGCUCACGGUGAAGGAGCGCGAGAAGCUCCUGAAGGAGCACUUGGGCCAUCCCUCUGGUGAGCUGCCCGCUUCGACAGAAGGCAAUGGCAAGAAGGAACCUCCGACCGUGCCGCUGGCAUCGGCUUGUCCCACGGAUCUGGACACCUUCAUCCAGUGGCUGUGCGAACAGCUCUGGCUUGCUCGAAUUCAGCGCCUGAGCACGCCCGAGAGGCGUAUACAACGGAAGCGACCUCCGCAGGCCGUGAGGUCACAGAAAACUCUCUCGGCGCGUGUGGGCGGAGGCUUCAUCUACGAAACCUUCCAGGCGCCACCCGACUUCGAGGAGGAGCCUCAGAGUCCCGUGGCAGCGAGCGGACCCUCGAGGAGGCAGACGCCAACUCAGCAGGUCCGGAGUUGGGAGCGCGAGAGCACCAUCUCCGCUCGUGUCGGCGGAGGCUUCAUCUACAAGACCUUCCAGGAGGGCGACUGCGACAACGGCAAAGAUGUAGGCGACCUCAACAGGUUCGACGAGCGGACGCUCUGCACGGCAAUCAGCCGCGCCCCUCCGCGACAGUGGGAGCUUGUCCUUGAGUCGCUGGUCACAUGCGGCAAGGACUGUCGACCGACGGUGUUCGCGUACACCGCUGGGAUGGGCCAUUUCCAGAAGGGAGGGCACUGGAUGCAGGCUGUUGAGCUCAUGUGCCGGAUGGUUUGGGCCCGGGUCAUGGCCAACGAGCUGACUUUAAACACAGGCAUCAGCGCCUUCGGCAGCUGCGUGCUAUGGCAUCACGCGCUGUGUCUCCUCUCUUCCUUCCCAGCAGCCAAACUACGAUCAGAUGUCAUCUCCUUUAAUGCCACCACCACUGCCUGCGAGAAGGGGACAGAAUGGAGCAGGUCCUUCCAUCUUCAAUCGGAUCUCCUGACCCGUCAUAUCCAACCCGAUGUGAUCAGCUUCAAUGCCACCAUCACUGCGGCUGCAAAACCUGGUCUCUGGAAGUUGGGUCUACAACUCCUCUCCAAGAUGGCAGGGCAGCGGAUAUCUCCUACCAGUGUCACUUUCAAUUCCGUCCUCAGUGCCGGGCACGGCGGAAAAGAGUGGGGAGCAGUACUCUGGCUGGUCUCAACCAUGCCUGUCAGGAGCAUCGCGGUUGACCGCAUCGGCCUGAAUGUCGCGAUAAGUGCCUGCGCAGCUUGCGCGAAGUGGCGGCUUGCUCUUCACCUUCUUUCAGGAAUGCCUGCCCAGUCAGCCCUGCCGGAUGUCGUCUCUAUCAGUGCGGCCAUGCUGGCGUGCAUAGAAGGCGGGUGUUGGACAACUGCCCUCCAGCUCUUCGCGGACAUGCCUACCCUGAGAUCGACUCCAGAUGCUUCGGCCUACACCACGGCCAUCUCGGCAUCGGAGGCUGGAGGGAUGUGGGCAGUCGCACUUCAGCUUCUGGCAGAGAUGGCUGGAUGCAGCUUAGUACCGGAUACCGCUGCCUGCAGUGCCGGUAUCAGUGCCUGUGAGCAAGGGGGCCAGUGGGAGGCAGCUCUCCACCUCCUUACCGUGAUGCCGACCCUGACUGCUCAGCCCAAUGUGAUCUCUUACAGUGCGACCAUCAGCGCCUGUGCCAAAGGCAGACAAUGGACGUUGGCUUUGGCCCUCUUCUCCGAGAUGGAGCAGCAUGCAGUUCGGGCUAACGAUGUCAGCUACAAUGCCGCCAUCAGCGCCGUAGACAAGACUCCUCACUGGCAAGUGGCCCUUGAACUCCUGUCGUCAAUGCAGAAGGCUGAGGCCAGGCCCAAUGUGAUCAGCUUCACUGCGGCCCUCGGUUCCUGCUCUGCUGCCGGCUGCUGGGACGUGGCUUUGAAUCUGCUGGCGCAGAUGCAGUGUGAGCGCGUCGAGCCCAACGCAUUGACGAUGCAUGCAGCCAUCGCUGCGUGCGAUGCCGUGUGCCGGUGGCAAGUGGCACUGGAGCUGCUUGCAGGCAUCAGCCCGUCGACGAUGGGUUCUUGCCGCUUUGCUGCGAGCUGCGCGGUGGCUGCGGCCGAACGAAGUUGGGUCCCCGCCGCGUUUCCUCUAAGGGUAGCAUAA